GUUUAUGUGUGUGACAUGAGGUGGAGUGGGGGUGUCAUGGACGUUUCCAGCCACAGCAUGUUCCUCUUGCAGCAGCUCAACGUCCAGAGGGAGUUUGGCUUCCUGUGCGACUGCACAGUCGCCAUUGGCAACGUGUACUUCAAGGCCCACCGGGCCGUGCUGGCUGCCUUCUCCAACUACUUCAAGAUGAUCUUCAUCCAUCAGUCAAGGUUAGAUGCAUACUGCAUGACUAUUGCAUUCUGUGUCACACUAAGGGUGUUAUGAAUGUCUAUGUGUAUAGCAGGCUCCUUCAAGUAAAUAGUUGUCCAUAUUUUUUGGGGUCAUGUUGUACAGUAGCAGGGUCUGGUGACUAUCAGAGGUUGUUUCAGUGAAAUUGGGGAUUAGAAGGGGUGUUGUGUAAAUUGUCUCACAUUGCACUGAUUGUAAACCACAUGUUUCUUUGGCUGCAAUGAAUAGAUGAAUAGAAUAGAAUUGAGACUGGUAAUGCACUUGUGUGUUUGUUUGCACAUUGUAUUUUCCUGAAUGUCCUGCACGAGAGAAGAUCUUAACUAGUUCGUAUACAUAUAUCUAACUUUACAAAAUCCAAGGGAUACUUUGUUAUUAGAGAGAGGAAAUAUGAAUGUGUUUCAAGAGUAAAGGCUAAUAUACUCUCCCACUGUCUAUCGGCAUCUUCAUAGUGAGUGCAUUAAGAUCCAGCCCACGGACAUCCAGCCAGACGUUUUCAGCUACCUGCUCCACAUCAUGUACACUGGCAUGGGCCCCAAGCAGGCGGUGGACCAGGGCCGCCUGCAGGAGGGCAUCAAGUUCCUCCAUGCCUACCAGUUGUGCCGUAAGCCUGGUGAGGGGGGGCCCGAUGCUGCCACCGCCGACCUUGUCCGCAUGUCCAACCUGUACGGUAUUCAGAUUUCAUCCCAGUUAGCAAACAAGGAGGGUACUGGGGUCCCUAAAGGUAGUGCAGGGGCCCGAGGAGGGGGCGGCCCCGAGGACGGGCGUUCGUCCACUCGGGCGGGCCGCUCCCACGCCGCCCAGUUUUCGAUGACUUUGGGGUUGGAGGGCGUCCCCUCCUCGGUCCGUCAGCCCUUCUCUGGUCUCCUCCGUGGUGUCUCCUCUGUGGCUUCCGGCGACGACUCGGACAUCUCAACGCGCAUCAAGCAGGAGAGGGUGGAUGAGGGGGAAGGGGAGGGAGAGGAGGGCCACCAGGCACCGGGCGAGGGAGGGUCCCCAACGUCUCCUUUGGCCCAGGGCGGCAACCCCUGCCAGGGCCUCCUGUUCAAGGAUGGCCCCCUGGCGCUGCUGUGCCCCCGGUGCGGCGAGCGCUGCUCGUCCCCCGAGGGGCUCCGCGAGCACCUGUUCAGCCACGCCACCUGUGCCCUGAAUCCCAGCGGACUAAUGGAGGGCCUCUCCCAGGCCGGGGGAGGGGACCCAGUGGGCCCUGAGGACCAGCAGCAGCAGCAUGGGGCCCCCCAGGAUCAGCAGGAUGCAGGCUACCUGGAGGAGGCCCUGAGACAGAGCCAAUCCCUAGCUGACGAGCUAGCCACCGAGCUAAGGCGGAGCAGAGGGGGUAUAGCCAGUGGCACCAGCACACCCCCCAUCACCACCACCUCUACUACCAGUCAUACACGAAAGCGCAAGAUCGCCUGCUCCGUGUGCAGCCUGCGCUUCGCCCAGAAGAGCCAGCUGCAGGAGCACAUGUACACGCACACAGGCAAGCCAUCGCGUUACCACCGCUACAGCCGCCUCUGCAGCCAGCUCAUCCACGCCUCUGGACACUUCUGCGAGGGGCCACCGGAGGGCGGUGGGGUGGCGGCAAGCACUACAGUAGCGCUGGCGGAGGAGGCCAACAGGGAAGUUCAGGACAAUGGCAGCUCCUGCUAUUCGCUAGACUCUGAGAUCUCGCAGGAGAGCGUGGACAACGUCGCUGUGGAAUGA